UCCAUUUCAGCCCACGUUUGACAUGCUGCCGAUAAGAAUCCUCCUCACUCUACUCGCCUCUGUGGCCCUCACCUCGGCCGCGCCUCACCACCUCGCCGGUCGACAGGAUGAGGCCGAUCCCAGUGCGACACCUGAUGUCAUUGUCGAGCCGCCCCCUGAGGUGACGGAUACUGCAACUCCCACAGUUGCGCAAACAACCAACGACAUUGUUAUUCCGACCUCAACCACCACGAGCGACGAGGCGACCAUGACCGACGGCCAGGAGCUCCCCUUUGCCAACUGCCGGAGCGAAUGCAGUGGUGCAUUUGACGACUUCUCCAGGAACUGUGAUGGAUCAAACCCUUCGAACUGCAAGACUGUUUGCGAAAUGUGGCUCGAAGGCUUCAAGCAAUGCGAAGCUUGCAUGCAGACCAAGGGGGCGGCUUCUGACCCGGGCCAAGCUAAGAUCACCGAGUGGGCUCCCUUCGCAGCCAACUGCCCUCCCGUCGGCGGCGGUGGUCUUGACGCCUACAACUUCGGUGAUUGUGGAGACACAUGCAAGCCGCCACUGCAGAGUAUCAUCACUGCCUGUGAGGUCGCUACGGAAUGCGCCAAGAGUUGUGACCAAAAGGAAAACCUCAUGAAGUGCAAUGACUGUGUCUCCGCCCCGAGCUCAACUGCGGAUGACAAAGCUAAAGCCCUUGUCAAGGAGGCAGUCGAUGGUCUCAACGGCCGCUGUGGUGGUGCGCCGGCGGGCUGUGAAGAGGCGUGCAAGGCGUUCCCCGACCUCAAGGCCGCAUGCGACAACCCGAACAAUGAGUACAGCACCGACUGCCUGGGCACGUGCUGGAGCGAGUGGGACACUUAUGCACCUUGCGAGCAGUGCUACAUUAAGAACGGCUCGGUACCUGCCGACGUCGCCAAGACGUUCGAGGCCGCCACCUUCUGGUGUGCUCCUGGCGGAUGCUACGUGGCUUGUGACGAAGCGACAACACAGCUCUCCGAGCACUGUACCGCGGGUGAGGAAGCAUGCAAGAAGAACGUCUGCGAGAGCGGGGCGCGCAAUGCUCUGCAACAGUGCCGUUCUUGCAUGUCCAACGCGCCGGUCGACGACAAGGCUUGGCGCGAUGACAUUAUUCUGCCACCCAUUUCAACGGUGGACGACUACUGCUCUGGCAAGAUUGCCUGGCCUACCGACCAGUGUCAAUCAAUUUGCAGCCCGAUCCUGGACCUCGACUACAACUCUUGCAAGGAUGCAGACAUCAAUAAGUGUGCUGCCAUGUGUGCUGAUGAGAGUCUUGGUGCUCUCGAGCAGUGCAUGCAGUGCGCGACAGACUCCACCGUCGAGGACUUGUUCAACAAGAUGCGCGGCUGGUGCAAGGAGGAUCCCGGUCCCACUCCGAUCGUGGUUGUCGUCAAUCCCACCGUCACAGUCACGGUCCCCAACCGUCCACCUCCUACCGGCAUUGCUCCUGAGUCGCGUCCCACCCCCACUGGCAAGACGGGCAUCUCGGUCAACACGAGCCGCCCCGUUGCCACCACCCGCCGCCCAAGCGGAAGCGCGCGCGCCACAAGUCAGAGCUCGGCAAGUGAACUCUCCUUUAGUUUCGGAGGCAUGGGUUUCGGUGCUGCCCUCGGCCUCAUCAUGGGCAUCCUCGUCGUUGUCGUCUAA